UCUCAUUUUGACGACAACACUUCCAACCUGCAGGCAGAAAGGAAGCAAAAACCCAAUGCAUAAUGACGUAAUAUCAUAUUCGGAGCUGCGAAAUCGAAGAAUUCGAAACGAACUUCCCCAGCGUUCUAUUUGGAGCACGCGCCGGCUGACGUACGUGAACAGCGCGCGCGUCCAACUCCCUUGAGAAAGAAGAGCGUGAACGCGCCUCUAUCCUCCUCGCUGCUACAGUGAAUGCGGGCAUCCAGACGCCUGACUGAGUGCGGCGGUUCUUUACCGAGAGCUCGGAUGCCAAUGCAUGGAAAGGGGUUCUGCCGAAGCCGAAAAGGAGAGAAGGCAAAUGUAUUUUCACACGAACGCUCAGGUGUAAGUGAUGCUACUGCAAGUUGAAGUCCUGGAAGUAAAACCGCAGCAGAUUGGGAAUAAACGGAUAGAUCGGCGUUCCCCGUUCAGAGCGCACUGUGCGUUUGGAAUACAGAGACGCAGCGUGGAAUUACUGGAGCCCUGUUUGUGAACUAAAGUCAAUUCGUUUUCUACCGCAUUUGAUUUAUCGCACUUUUCUUGUGUCCCUUCUUUGUUUUCGCUUCUUUUUUAUUUGAUUCGGUUUAUUGUUUCUCCCCUUCUAUUCUAAUGUUAUUUAGUAUCUGCCCUUUUCAGUUUUUUAUUUUCUCAUCCUCUGAAAAUACUCGGAUUCGUUUUUGCGGGGGUAGAUUGUGGUAAAAGAUACUCAAUCUCAAACUGAGACGUGUCAUGGAUGGCAAAUUGUAUUUGCAUCUACGGAACAAAUCGGGGAAUAUAGAAUAACUACUGCUGACAGAGACAAGGACAAAUGACAUAGGAUGAACACUGCUGGUCAUCUCUGGCUGUCUGUGCUGUCAUCCCUUUUUGCACUGGCCGGGGCCGUGGAGCCGCUGGGUCAGGCUGUCCCCUGCUCCUCUCUGGUGGCUGGGGUCUUAUACGGCUCCUUCUCGCUCAGGGACCUCUUUCCCAGGCCGUCGGCUCUGACAUCUGGAUGCUCCUGGACUGUGGAGAACCCUGACCCCACCAAGUACUCGCUCUAUUUCCGCUUCAAUCGCCAUGCCGGCGCGUGUUUAGCUUUUUCCCCGCUGGUGCUGCCCCUGGACCACUACCUCUCAAACCAGACCUGUGGCCCCCCAGACCAGCCCACCUUCCCCUCGGACCCUGAAGCCGUUGAGCUUUGCAUGGUCCCAGGACCCCACACCUUCCUGCAGUUCGAUAAGAACUUUGUGCAGUUGUGCCUGACCACUCAUCCCAACAAAGACGGCGACAACGGAGAUGGGACAUCCGAGGGCCAAGCCCCCUUGUCGGCGGAAACUCUGGACUUCCGGCUCGUAGAGGUUCUGCUCAUUAAUAAUGAGAAUUCGAGUCAGUUUACGUGUGGAGUCCUGUGCCGAUGGUUUGAGGAGUGCUUGCACAUCGGCUCAGGCUGGGAAACCGAGAGCUGCAGUAUCACCCAGACGGGAUGCGUUUGUCCCAACACGGCCCCUCCGGUCUCCCUACUGCCCACUGCUCCCCAUAACCACUCUUUAGACCCCAGCGCGAGUGUGUUGCAAUCGCCACCCGACGACUGUUGUGUCACACAGCUGCAUUCAAAGAAUGGCAUCGCUAUAGCACCCAGGGAUGUCCGGCAAGAACCUGAUGAUGAUGAGCAGAAGGUGAAGACACAAAGGCCGCGAUCAGCUGACCAGCCGGGUGUGUUUCAGGCCCAGACAGGUGACCCAGCAGCGGAGGAGUGGUCUCAGUGGAGCGUGUGUUCGCUGACAUGUGGGCAGGGUUGGCAGGUUCGUUCUCGUUCAUGUGUAUCCUCUCCGUACGGGACCCUCUGCAGCGGCCCGCUGAGGGAAACCCGACUUUGCAACAACACUGCCACCUGCCCAGGUGAGCCGCAGCAUCAAGCAGUGGAGGGGCAGUGGUUGGACUGGGCGGCCUGGUCUCAGUGCUCUGUUUCCUGCGACUCUGGAACUCAGCAGAGGCAGCGGCGUUGCAGUGUGUCGGUUCAUGGCUGGGCGGAGUGUAAGGGGCCGCAUGCUGAAACUCGUGAGUGCACCAACCCGUCUUGUGGGGGUGGAGGGAACUGGGGUGCUUGGAAUCACUGGAGCUUGUGCUCCAAGACCUGUGACUCGGGUUGGCAGCGGCGGUUCCGUAUGUGUGAAGGCACAGGAAUCCAGGGUUACCCUUGCGAUGGCUCUGGAGAGGAAGUACGCUCAUGUAAUGACAAGAAGUGCCCAGCACCUCAUGAAAUAUGUAAAGAUGAGUACCAAUUAACCAUGACGUGGAAGAGAGCCUCAGCUGGAGAGACGGUAUACAACAAGUGUCCAUCUAAUGCCACUGGAUCUGCUAGUCGUCGUUGUUUGCUGGACGCUAAUGGAGUUGCUUACUGGGGUCCUCCGAGCUUCGCCCGAUGUGUCUCACUCGAAUAUAGAUAUUUACAUUUAUCUUUGCGUGAACAUCUUGCGAAGGGUCAGAGGACCCUGGCAGGGGAGGGCAUGUCUCAGAUCGUGAGGAGUCUCCUGGAGUUAAUGUCCCGUAAGAAUUAUUAUAGCGGCGACCUCUUAUUCUCCGUGGAGAUUCUCCGAAAUGUGACGGACACCUUCAAACGAGCAACCUACAUCCCAGCUCCUGACGACGUGCAGAAAUUCUUCCAGAUUGUCAGCUUAAUGUUGGACAUUGAAAACCUUGAGAAGUGGGAAGACGCUCACCAGGUCUCUCCGGGUUCUAUGUUACUGAUGCGAGUUGUGGAAGACUUCAUUCAUCUAAUUGGAGAGGCUCAAAAGCCAUUCCAGAGCUUUCUGGUCGUCACCAACAACCUCAUAAUCACCAUCCAGCGAGAACCGGUUUCGGCUGUUUCCAGUGACAUCAAUUUCCCCAUGAAGGGGAGGAGAGGAAUGAAAGACUGGGCACGUUCUGCAGACGACAAACUCUUCAUCCCCAAAGAAGUCUUCACUCUGUCUUCUGAUGAAUCAGACGACACACCGUAUUUCGUCAUCGGAGCCAUCCUGUACCGCACCCUCGGCCUCAUAAUGCCCCCACCAAAAGAUCCAUUCGUGAUCAGCUCGAAGAUUCUGACUGUGACGGUACGUCCUUUACCCAAGCCCACCGAGCCCUUGGUAUCAGUGGAACUCGCCCCUUUGCUCAAUGGCACAACGGAUCCUCAGUGUGUUGUCUGGGACUACGGAAACCCAGAGGCUGGCGAAGAAAACUGGGACGCAGAGAGCUGCCAAACGCUCCCAUCGCCGACAGUCUCCCACACCAAAUGUCUGUGCAGCAAGCUGUCCACCUUUGCAGUGUUAGCGCAGAAAGCUAAAGAACCGGGUAUGGGGCCCUCCAGUAUGCCGUCUGUGCCCCUCAUGGUGGGCUGUGGCAUAUCCUGUACGGCUCUACUCAUUCUGCUGCUCAUCUACGCUGCCUUUUGGAGGUACAUUCGUUCAGAGAGGUCCAUCAUCUUGGUGAACUUCUGCCUGUCCAUACUGGCCUCCAAUGUGCUGAUACUGGUGGGACAGUCCCAAACGCUCAGUAAGGGACUGUGCACUGUGACUGCUGCCUUUUUGCACUUCUUCUUUCUGGCCUCUUUCUGCUGGGUACUGACAGAAGCAUGGCAGUCCUACCUGGCUGUGAUUGGCAAGAUGAGGUCCCGCCUCAUUCGCAAGCGUUUCCUGUGCCUGGGCUGGGGUCUUCCAGCCCUUGUGGUCGCUGUAUCUGUGGGUUUUACCCGGGCCAGAGGUUACGGCACGCCAAGUUAUUGUUGGUUGUCUCUGGAAGGAGGGCUGCUCUAUGCUUUUGUCGGCCCCGCUGCUGUCAUUGUACUGGUGAACAUGCUGAUUGGGAUAGUGGUCUUCAACAAGCUCAUGUCUAGAGAUGGCAUCUCAGACAAGUCCAAAAAGCAGAGAGCAGGUCCGCCGUUGGAAGCGCGUAGCAGGCUGCUCCUGAAAUGCUCCAAGUGCGGCGUGAUCUCCAGUACCGCCCUGUCCAGCUCUACCGCCAGCAACGCCAUGGCGUCGUUAUGGAGCUCUUGUGUGGUUCUCCCUCUGUUGGCACUCACGUGGAUGUCAGCUGUGCUGGCCAUCACAGACCGCCGAUCAACCCUCUUCCAGGUGCUCUUCGCUGUCUUUGACUCAGUCCAGGGAUUCGUCAUCAUCACUGUGCACUGUGCCAUGCGCCGAGAGGUACAGGACGCAGUGCGCUGCAGGAUGGGUGGGUGCAAAGACGACAGUGAAAACUCUCCGGACUCCUGCAAGAAUGGCCAGGUGCAGAUCAUGAGGAGCCCACACCAUCCGAGCCUCUACAGUCAGGAGCAGUGCGGCUCGCUCCGAUAUUCACCUGGGUGCUGCCAAGGCUGCCACCAAACCUGCACCGCCCACCCUCCUCUAGCCUUGGCCAAUCACAGUCAUGGACAUAACCAUAACCACACCCACAUUCUCCACCAGAACCACACUCAGACUCUAAACCACACCCACCUUCUCAAUCACAACCAUGCCCAUACUCUUAACCACACCCACACCUUGAGCCACAACCACUUGCAUACGCUUAACCACAACCAUGCCCACGUUCUCCACCAGAGCCAGAGCCUUGUCUUGGAGCACAAUCACAUGACCACGGACUUUGAAAAAGAUGUGGACUUAGCGUGUCAAACAGAAAGAGGACACCCAUUCAUUUUUAAGGAGGUAAACACCUGUAACCCUGCUACCAUAACUGGCACUCUAUCCCGCAUCUCCCUGGACGAUGAGGACGACCCCAAGUUGGCAACUCAUCAGGAAGGCGUUAAUUUCAGCAGCCUGCCUGGGAACAUCCCACCCCCUAAUCUCCUGGUGCAGGUACCUCCUUUGGGUCCGCUGAAUGAGCUAAGCGAGCAGCCACUAAAGAAGGACGUUAAUGUGGAGCAACAAGGUCAGCAUCAACGAUCUGGACCCAUCUACCUGUGCACGGAGAGCGGGCUGGGUUGGGCCCGACCAAACCCUUCUUCCACCCAGGAUUCAGCUGGUGGUGGAGGUGGGGAAGGGGACUACAUGGUGUUGCCACGUCGGACAGUCAGUCUCAAGCCCCCUCCUCCAACCCAAGAUGAGGGGAAGCCCCUGAACAUUACACUAGAUGACCCUCCAUUUCCUCCACCCCCUUCACCCAUGACUCUGCAUCCAGCAGAGAGUGAGGCAUACCCUGCAGACUUUGCAGCUGUGGACCACAUCAGCAUGAACCUAAACAGCUCCUAUGGCACGCUCAAACAGUUGCCGGCCCACACCGGGCACACGCAUUCCCACACCAACACCCAAACCCUGCAGGUCAAGCAGAAUCGUCCCUCUGUCCGGCAGAUCCUUACCUCGGGAACAGUGGAGCGCACCAGAACCCUUCCCCGCAACCUGGGCAGCACCAACACCAGCCUCUCGGCUGGAUCUUUGGAAAGGGAAAAGCGAUGGAGCAUUUCGUCUGCCGGAGGUGAAAAGAAUUCUUCGAGUGACAAGUCCACCACAGAUGACCAGCGAUCCUGGGACAGCUUUAAGACCAUGACCCCUGAGCAGACGUGUGGCUCCAGCGAACAUAAGGACAGACUGGAGUUACGCAGUAAACCCUGGGACACAUGCUCCGCCAACACACCUGACACAUCCGAAGGAGACUUCCAGACUGAAGUGUGAAGAGAACACACACCUACAACAAACUGAGAGACAACUAAACCCUAUUACGUACUCACGCUGUCAGUGAUCUUCAGCAAGACGUGUUCUAAAGGAUUCUGUACUUGUUUACAGGUGUGAGGACAGACCAGAGAUGAAGAGUGCUCUAUUCUAUAUUUUCACACAGAGACAUUAAAUGAAAGAGUGGGGCCUGGAGAGUAUGGUAAAAAAAAAAAAAAACAUUUAACAAACUGUUUCUGAAAUGUCUUGAUUUUACUCCAGAAAGGAUUCUCUUUCUCCUGUUUGAUGAUUUGGGAAUUUUAAAAUUAAUAUUUCUGCACCCUUCUUUUUAUAGAGGAACAACAACAAAAAAUCAAUACUGAUGAUACACACACAGUUUAAUAACCCCUUAGGGUUUUUUUCCUCCUUUCUGUCUUCUCAUUCCUUGGAUGAUUCAAGUUCCGUUUCCCUUUUUCUUGCUUUGUUUUUCGGGGAAGAGGGAGGGGAAGUUUUGAAAGUAUUCAUUAAUAUGUGCCAUCCUCUGCUUUUUUUCCUCUGCAUCAGGUGUACUGUACUUACAUGCUUUUUUCUAUUAUUUUAUUUAGAAUGCUUGUCCGUUUUUUUAUUUUAUUUUCUAAAUGUUUUUUUUAUAUAUAUAUACCUAAACUUCAGGUAUCACUUUAUGGGUGAAAGUAGGUCAUACCGCUGUGUGAUUGUGUUUUAAGUUUUUCAAAAUGCUUGACAGAAAAAAAUUGUGCUAUACAGUAUGUGCGAUUUAUUGUCAAAUUUGCAUUCGUUCACACCAGGGAAGCAUCUUUGCUCCAUCUUACACAAAACAACCAAAAGAAUCCACAUUCCAGUCAUAAGAAGCUUUGGUGUUCCAGAAUGGGCUUAUCCAGUAAGAGACACACUUCCAGCUGAGAACGUUUCCAUUUUGAACCAACACAAAGGUGCUGCUAAGUUUCCACAUUUGCUCUCCAUCUUAAUAUUGUGCUACAUGUCUGCUCUUGCAAAAAGUAGUUCUUUGUGAUGUUUUCAUUUGAAAACCAGUGACUCCACCAGUCAUCCUGAAUUGAUUUGGAUUUAUUUCUGCACUUCGACUGUGGAGUUUGACAGUUGGCUUAAUGCUAUGCAGACUGCAGAGGUCAUCUUUGCUAACCCGCUUCUCUUUAUAACCCGUUCAUUAGUUGUGUUGGCUGAUGUAACUCCACAUGGAGACUUGGAAAGCGAGACCGAGAGGGCGAACGAGGAAGAGAGAGGUCUGGUAAUUAUCUUGGGGGAAUAACGAUUUGUCCUGACAUUUUCUUACUUGGCGCAAAUUUCAUCUCCUCAAAAAGAUCCUUGAAGUCAGCAUAUCAUAUAGGCACAGAUGGCAAGACUAGAGCAUGCCAUUUCAACCUUUGCAAGUAAUCUGCUCUAAUGCGGAACAUGGGCUACCUCGUCCCCAU